GACUCACAGGAAAGGGGCAGUGAUUUUGGGGGCCCAUGCCUCACUGAGAGAGACAGUGUUCUACCUACUGAGGGGGAGGAGAGGCAAAGAGGAGGACGAUGGAAGGAGAAGAGGUACAGGCAACUAAUCCCAGAUGAAUCACAAGAAAGCAGUGGUGUGACUGCUGUGCUGCCUUCGGUGUCUCUGAAGUGGAUCUUCCCUUUGGAUUGCCUUCUUUAUGCCUUGAGUUGAAGCUGUGGAGGCUGGCCCAAUACAACAUGAUCGACUAUGAGCGUCCCUCUCCAUUAGGCUUCGGGCCGACCAAGAGGAGUGUCUUGGUUCCUGAGCUGCCGGCACACAUGCAUAUACACACGCUGACUGCAAUGCCUCAGAGAUACUCCCACCAGAGGAGGAAAGCUAACACAGCGGCUGCUAGAAGAAUGGAGAGGAGAAGCAGGGAGCGGAGGAAAAGCAACAGCAACAACUCAAAUACAUGCCACAACCAUCGCUCCAAGAAGCUGGCCUCGCUCUCCAGGUCUCUUAUCCUAUGUCACUCCAAGACCAAUGAUGAAUAUCCAGAAGAGAGGCAUUCUGGAGAAGUGUCAGACGAAUGCAAGACAUGGGGCUGGAGAGCAGACGUGACUGUCGGGGAUCCGACACUGUGCAGAGCUGCAGAAAAUAAACAGCAGAGCAAGACUCAGCCAUCAGGCCUGGAGAGAGCAGAGAACCAGGUGCACCACACCACCACAUUCAGGGAGAAUAAAAGGAGCGUGAGGAGGUCCUUCAGCAUCAAGGAGAGCAGUAUCUGGAGGAUGUGUGUGGCCACAGGCCCUGCUGAGGAGGCUGAUAACACCUUUCAGACGGAGGAUAAAGACACAGACAGACCCGGAGGGAAUGGAGGUAACCUUUACAGAGGCUGCAGCUUCCUGAGCCCAGACAAGCUGGCUCCCUUUAACGGACACUUUCUAAACGGCAGUGCUUUGAUGGUCGGGGAGAGGCUGAGAAGCAUUCACAUUAAAGCCAACUGUGAGGACGUUUCCACAUGUGAAGACACUCUGUGUGUAAAAAGUGUGACUACAAGCCCACAGCAUCCAACUCUCAUUUCCCCAUCUGUACCUCUUUCAUUGUCUGGAUACACAACUGAGGACCUCAUGGCUAACAACAACCACCUUAAGUUACCAAUCCCAGAGGUGAAUGAGGACAGAUGCUGGGAAACUGAGGAGACUGAUCUUAGCCCACCAGGAGAAAUGUCCAGUGAUGGGACACGUUCCAAGUCGACCAAUGUUCAUCCCUACUGGAUUGGGGAUCUGGACAGCAUCAUCAUGAAGACCCCGGGGCUAUAUACCAGUCACCCUCGUGUGAGCACUGGUUUUUAUGGAAACAGGAAGUCUCUGUCCCAGCAGCUGGAUUUUACUCACACCACUACACAGCCCUUACAGCGACCGUCCCGCUCCCUCAGCUCUGCCCAGCUGCUACACUCCUGCAGCAAUGUGCAAGCCUUCAUCAUCUGUAACAUUGUUCUGAUGAAGGGCCAAGGCAAGGGUCUGGGUUUCAGUAUAGUGGGAGGGAGUGACAGCAUCUAUGGACAGAUGGGGAUCUAUGUCAAGACCAUUUUUCCUGAAGGGGCCGCAGCUGCUGAUGGAAGACUGCAGGAAGGAGAUGAGAUCCUGGAGCUGAACGGAGAGUCCCUACAUGGACUGUCUCACGAUGAAGCCCUGCACAAGUUCAAACAAAUCAAAAAGGGCGUGCUGACUUUGGUGGUGAGGACCAGCCUGCGUGUGGGGGCCCUGUGUGGUCCGGCACAGGUAGCUCAUCUAUGCAGGUCGCGCUCCCUCAGCUCAACCACAGGCACAGCAGGGGUCAGUGCUGACACGGGAGACUACAACCAGCUGAACACACAGAGCGAGGGGCAGCUCACCAAACCCAGAGAUCGCAUCAUGAUGGAGAUCGUCCUGCAGAAAGAGGCCGGAGUUGGUCUGGGUAUUGGAUUGUGCUGUGUUCCAUCUGGUGACGGAUGCCCUGGGAUCUACAUCCACAAUGUCUCUCCUGGAUCUGUAGCACAUAUGGACGGUAGACUCCAGUGUGGGGAUGAGAUUAUGGAGAUCAACACCACUGUGGUUCACAACAUGGCACUGAAUGACGUCUACACAGUCCUGAGCCAGUGCACACCGGGUCCGGUCCACAUCAUCAUCAGUCGACAUCCUGACCCCAAAGUAUCUGAGCUGCAGCUGAAUGUUGCCAUCACUGAGGCAGUGGAGAACAGCAAACUGAGGAAGGAUCGGAGCCAGUGGAGUAUUGAUGGGAUGCGUAGACUGGAGGCCUGCUCUCACAGCCUGCAGAGAUGUGAGCGUUGUCUGGAGAGGAGUUUCAGUCAGCUUAGGGUUCAACGAGCACAGAAAACCAUGACCCGCUCCUGCAGUGACAGCACCAAUAACCACCAGCGCAACUGCUGCCUGAUCAUCCACAACCCCCAUCCCACCCACCAUAACCCGUCAGGCCGGGUCCACAGCCUGGACACACCCAGGUGUACAACAAGAACAUGGUCUGACAACAGACUGUCAGUACCUGUGUAUCCCGAUGAAGACUAUAAUGUCCCAUACAUCCCCUCUUCAGCCAACUCGUCCAGUCAGCAGGCUCUGGACCUGGCCCUCAGGGGAAACAAGUCUACAUGCAGAGUGCAUGCUGCUCCAUCUCAGUACUGCUGGCCUCAGGAUGUGACCAGUGAGGAGGGUUAUAAUGGAGACUCCAGUGGCUCCAGUAGAGAAUCCCCAUUAAGAGAAGAAGGACUGGCUCUCUCAUCAAACACCAGCUGCCAGCAGGAAGAAGAACGAAGAAGGGAACCACCGCAGGGGAGCAAAGAAGAUUUCACUCAUCCAGACCCUUCUGCCUGCACCGACAACAGAGUACACACAGGUCAUUCAUUAGCCACCUGCUCACAGCUGAAGAAAAGAGCUCUGAGGAGACAGGCUCGCAUUGACCAACAUACCCAAGAGAAACUACAGGAUCCCUGGGUCCGCCUCUCAGACCGUUCCCCUGAAGAACUCCCUGAGAUCCACCACCAUCACCCCCACUACGCUGCAGACGGGACCUGGGCUCUCAAAAGCUGCAGCAAACCUUUCACCAUGAGUGACAAAGAAAAUACGAUGGAGCGCAAUGGAACGGUCAGAGACACCUCUGAUACCCCCCCUGUGGAAAAGAAAGCCCCCCCCGUGGCCCCAAAGCCCACCUGGUUUCGCCAAAGUGUUCGCAAAAUUCAGGAUGAGCAGGACCAGAAGAAGCCGGCUAAACCCGCAGAUCAGGGUCCUGAGGUGGGCUUCAGUAGAAGCUUUGGACUUAGGUCCGCCUCAUCCGCAGCCGGCCAGUCGAUCAGACAAAAGAUCCACUCCUUUGAGACUUUUUCCAGUUCAGAGGGUCCGGAGAAGGAGGGCAGCAGGAGGAAUGUGGUGCCUUCUACCUCCCUGCCUCUGAUGGAGAAAGAGUCCAGGAAUCACUCUGCCACAUAUGAAGUUUCAAGAAAAGGCAAAAAUCAGAUAUUCAGAGAGAGUCAGGCUGACCAGUCUGUAUCUGUUGGAAAUACAGACAACACCAGCGUCUCUAUUACACCCUCUUCUGUCACCUCCUCCACUUCAGCAGCUUCAAGUCAAACAACAUCCAAACACUCUGAACCUGUCUCCACCCAGGCAUCCACAGAUCGCCAACUCUCUGAUAUGACCAGCAUUGAUGUGGUCAUUCAUGAUUCUUCUUCUCCAGCUCCAGGGCACGAGGGCAGAGCUGCUUCACAGCCACAAACAGUGGAUCAUAGCCAGGCUGAAUCUGAGCCUGUGCUACCUGCAACAUCCGUGAUACUCAGUGAUUCUGAGGGAGAUAAACCUCCAGAAGAGACGGAGGGAGACAGAGCACAGAGUCAAGGAAAGCUUCUGAAUAAAACUCUGACUUCAUAUCAGCCCACCGACUGUCCUCAACAGAGGAGUGUGGAGGGAGAGAGUCUGGGGAAAAUCCUCGCUUUCAGUGACCAGCUUUCACAGGCGCUGAUGCGUUCUCUCCCCAGCCAUGGCAGCCUCAACUCCCCACAACUGCAGGAACCAUGUGGCCUGGAUAUAACAAACAAUCAGGAGUCUGAGCCCGUCCAGGACAGCAUCGACAGAGGAUUCUCUGUCAGCUUGGCUGCCAUGAGAGAGGUCACCAUCGAGCGAGGGGAGGGGGGAUCUCAGUACGAGUCAGCAGUCACUUCUGCUCAAUCCAUCAUCUCAGCCAUCCCGUCAGAAGAAAUACAGGAGCUGGUCCGCGAAGCCAAAACUCUGGAUGAAGAUACCCUUAAGCAGCUGGUGGACAUCCAUGUUGUGAUUGUGCACAAAGAGGAGGGGGCUGGGCUGGGCUUCAGCAUCGCUGGAGGUUCUGACCUGGAGAGCAAAGCUCCCACAGUCCACAAAGUGUUUCCCAGCGGCCUGGCAGCUCAGGAAGGCACCAUUCAGAAAGGAGAUGAGGUGUUGUCUAUAAAUGGACAAACCCUUCACGGUGUCACUCACGCUGAUGCCACUGCUGCUCUGCGUCAGGCCCGCACUCUGAAGCUGGCGGUUGUGGUUGUUAGCAAAAGAGCAGAGGAGACAGGGAGCGAGGGCGGAGGCUGCAGGAGUGAGGAGACCAACCCUGCAGAGGAGGAGCAGGGUGAUCUGCUGAGGGUGGAGCUGGAAAAAGGUGCUGGAGGUGUUGGAUUUACACUGGAGGGAGGAAAAGGCUCAAUCCAUGGAGACAGACCUCUUAUCAUCAACAGGAUCUUUAAAAGCGGAGCGGCAGAGCAAAGCGGACUGCAGCAUGGAGAUGAGUUGCUGCAGAUUCAGGGGGUCAGUCUGCAGGACAUGACUCGAUUUGAAGCCUGGAACAUGAUCAAGGCUCUACCUGAAGGAGGCAUCACAACGGUGAUCAGGAGGAGGCAGGGGGGAGGAGAAUGACCAUGGAGAGACCAAAGAAAGAAAAACAAAAUAUAAAACAAAUGCACUAUUGACACUCUGAAUAUAUGCUUUUAUAAAAAAUCAGCUAUCAGCCACUCAGUAGAAAUGGAUGAAAGUUUAUUUAAGGGACAAUUCAAUGAGAAAAUGAACAUGAAAUUGCAUCCAAUUCAAGUGCUUCAUUAAAAUUAAAAAAAUAGUUAUUAAAAUAACAUCUUCAGUAUUCAUCAGUAAAAGCUGUAAAAUGUAAUUCCUGUGAGCAACGGAGCCAAUCAGAGUAGUUCUAUUGAAGUUGUUGUUGCUCUGAUGGUUAUUUUUAGAGUCUGACAGCAUUACAGAGAUGGACCUUUUUAUUCAGGAGGAAAAAAAAUGUUUUUUAACCACAACCAGAUGUUACAUCACUCUCUUCAAAGUCACUGGACUUCAUUGAAAUGUUAAUGCAACUUGAAAACAAACACAGGAACCAAUAGGGCAGCGACUCUAGUAUUUUGUGAGGUAACAGAAGUGCAUUUGUCAUGUUGUCUGGUGGCUUUAAAGGGAGCUAUUUAACUGCUGUAACAAUCACUUAUUUACAUGAUAUACUGCUGAGUUAACCUGUGAGCAUUUAAAAAAGGUAUGCACCUGUCAAUCAUUAUUAUGCCAUAAAUAUGUGCAAGAUGUUACCUAGGUUUAAAGAGCAUUAUUCCCCUUUGAUUUUGUCUUUAUUUGGCCAAACAUUCAAAGUGUACAAUCAUGAUGUGAAUGUAUCAACUCAGACGUUAGGCUCCUGAACACCAAAACAAAGCUUCUCGGCUUUUGUUAACGUCACCUGAUGUGAUGUAGCUUCAGAUCGUAAAGUAACUUGACACAGUCUGUCAUCGGCAGGUCAGGCUGUAAGGGCAUGGACAAUGGAUUUAUUUUUCCUUUUCCCUGCUUGUUCACCCUUCACUUGUUCUCAGUGUAAUGUUAUAUGAUAAUUACAGGCACAAAGUUGGUCAAACAUGAGAAAAAAAUGUGUUUUUAUAAAGUAAGAGUUAUUUCCCGUUUUUUCCAAUGCUACCAGUGCCUUGUUGAAAAGGCGUCAAUCUGCCAUUAUAUAACAGGAGAAGAAAGCAUUAGUGUCAGGUGUUGGUAAACAGCUGCUGUGUGUUUCCAGCGGGAAAAGACUUCUGUGUGGAUCUCCUUUAAAAAAAAACAUGAUGAUGACAAGUAGGAACUUCAUACAUCGUAUGUCUACAUGCUUUGACAUCAAAUAAAACUUACCUUUACUUCAUUGUU